CCAGUCUCAGACUGGACUGUUUCCUCUUUUUCGCAGUGUCACAGGCUCCAGACUGACAAAACACGCACAUUUCCACGCACAUUUCUCACUCCGGACAGUUUAACGUCUCCGAAUCUACACUCCGGCGUUUCCGGUGCGCCGUUUAUCCGCCUCCGUUGCCGGGAACAACUCUUACAUGUCAGAGAGUGUGUGGCACAGUUCCCCCCGCAGGCCUCGACGUUCACCGGGUGAGCUCCAGUCCCCCACGCCGCGGUUGGAUGUGUGCAGCUCGGCCGCUGGGACAGCAUGGCCCCGGUGCGUGGUUAGCGGUGAGGGGGCUGAGUUAAAGAGUUCCGCUUGGAUGUCACUUUCUCCCGCAGUUUGGCUUUCAGGAUGAACGGAACUCAACAGAGUGAUACCAAGAGACAACGCCUCCUGGAGAGGCUGCUGGACGCUGUAAAACAGUGCCAAAUUCGCUUCGGAGGAAGGAAAGAGAUCGCCACGGACUCAGACAGCAGAGUGAUCUGUCUGUGCGCCCAGUUUGAAACCGUGCUGCAGCACGGCCUCAAGAAGAGCCGAGGUCUCGCCCUCACCGCUGCUGCACUCAAGCAGGCCGCGGGCUUCAGCAGCAAAACCGAAGCAGCAGAGUUGACCUUCUGGUUCUACGUGAAGGAACACCUCAACCGCCAUGAGCUCCAGCGGUUCUACUCGCUGCGUCACAUUUCCACCGAGCUGGGUCGGGGUCGCGCGUGGCUGCGCUGCGCCCUCAACGAACACUCGCUGGAGCGCUACUUGCACACGCUGCUGGCUGACCGCUCACGUCUGGGAACUUACUAUGAAGACUGGGCUUUUAUUCUUGAUGAAGAACGAGCUAGCAUGCUCCCCACCAUGGCUGCAGGCCUGAACUCCAUCCUGUUUGCCAUCAACAUUGACAACAGUGAUCUGAACGGCAGUGCCAUGCGAGGAGGAGCAGCAGGAGGAGGAGGUGGAGGCUCAUCUGUUACCCACCUCCUCAAGGAGUCCACGCAGGGCAUCGGCAGCCUGUGGAAGGAGUCGACUCAGGGGGUCAGCAGCCUGCUGCGAGAAAUCAGCACUGCCACGGCCGUCGUGCCCGGAUUCACCCCCAGAGUGGACGGAGCCUCAGAUCCGUUACCUGUCGUUCCCCGCAGCACUUCUGCCGACUCCGGGCUGAAGAGGGAGCGCCGCAGGAAAAAGAAGAUCACCAACAUCAUUUCCUUUGACGACGAUCUGGACGGUGGGGCGGAGGACGAGGAGGACGGGGACGAGGACUCUCAGAAGAUGGGCGCGCUGAGGAAGAGUCACACGGCUCCUGCACACAGCAGUGUGGAGGAAGGCAUAGACCCUCUGGGGCCAACCUUCUCCCACUCGCCGGCCCAGAAUGGCCUGAUUGAGUCGGGCAUCGUCAGCUGGGUGGGGUCGCCCCAUCCGUGUCGAACGUCGCCCAUCGCCGCGCCUCCCCUUCCCGACAGUAAGAGAAUAGACAACGAGGAGGAAGAGGAGGAGGUGUACAAAUCCAGAGUGCAAACUCAGGAGGAGGAGAGGAACAGCUCUGACCAGGUGGUGGUCGGGAGUCUGUCCAGUGUGUCCACGUGGAGCCCUCUGCAGAUGAUGGCGGACCACAGCAGCUCAGACGUCCUCAUUCCUCUGAACCCUGCUGAUCCUCAGCCAGUGAACUCUGUGGAAGACACGGCUGCAUUUCCUGCUCGGUGUGAGUCAACAGGGCCUGUGGCAAACUGUGAGAGCAGCAGGACGGAGCUCACAUUCAAUAUGGAGUCGAGUCCACCGGCGCAGCCUGCUCCGCUCUGCAGCGCGCUGCCAACAUCUGCUCUGCCAGAGUCCAUGACAGUGGUGGAGCUGCGCCAGGCCAUCGUAGCCAUGAUGAACAGAAAGGACGAGCUGGAGGAACAAAACACGUCUCUCCGCUCUCUGCUGGAUGGGGAGAUGGAACACUCAGCCGGCCUGAGGCAAGAAACGGAUCUGCUGAAGAGGAAGCUGGCCGAGCUGGAGGAGAGACACUCGGCCAAGGUCCAGGCACUGGCCAGGGAGAACGAGGUCCUGAAGGUCCAGUUGAAGAAGUAUGUGGGGGCGGUACAGAUGCUGAAGAGAGAGGGGAGCGAGGGCAAUGACGCUCUGUCGGUGUUGCGGUCCAGCGAGGAGCAGACCCCCGUCCCGCAGAAUAAGUUCAUGGGCGACGCCGAGGAGCUGGCUGCCAGCUACGAGCGUAAACUCAUCGAGGUGGCCGAGAUGCACGGCGAGCUGAUAGAGUUCAACGAGCGCCUGUACCGGACCUUGAUGGCCAAAGACCACCUCAUUGUCCAGAUGAGACAGGAACUCAUUGACCUGAGAGGACCGCUUCCAGGUGAUUUGAGUCAGACGUCGGACGACCCCAGCCUGUCAGACUUUGAGACGGCUCAUCGCGCGCUCAUCAACGUGUGGAUCCCCUCUGUGUUCCUGCAGGGCCGAGCUGCCAACGCCUACCACGUCUAUCAGGUGUAUAUCCGCAUCCUGGACAACGAGUGGAAUGUGUACAGACGCUACACUGAGUUCAGGGAGCUCCACAACCACCUGAGAGCCAAGUUCCCACAAGUGGACGCCUUCAACUUCCCCCCCAAGAAAGCCAUAGGGAACAAGGACGCCAAGUUUGUGGAGGAGAGGAGGAAGCAGCUGCAGGGUUACCUCCGCACGGUGAUGAACAAACUGGUCCAGACGCUGCCGGAGUUCACAGCCUGCCCGACCAAAGAGACCCUGCUGUCUCUGCUGCCUUUCUGCCUAGACACUCCCCAGGCAAACGACAAUGUAGCCAAGACGCCUCGCUCCAAAAACUCCUCCCGUUUCCCCAGACUGGGCCGCAGCCGCAACCAGGAGACCAGACCAGAACCUCAGAGUGGAGACCUUUAACUUCACGCCUAAUUAAGUCGAUAAUCUCCUCACUGUAUUGGCUGAAGACAGCAAUUUUCUCCCCCACAUGGCCCUGGACUGGACACAGUGUCCCACAGUGUGUGUGUGUGUGUGUGUGAGGACACUUUGGGCGCCUAAUGGACCUUUAAAGCCUUACAGAUAAAUAAAGAGCCUCAGUCCAGGACGGCACAACGGACGCGUUCAUGCUCUCGUACCAUGUUCCCGUGCUUCGCCUGGCUGAGUCGGGGGGAUAACUGGGCGUCUUCACCCAAUCACACGGCACCUCUUACCUCACAGAGAGACCACGGAGAGACUCUCUUUAAAGCGCACAUGGACUAACGUGGACUGAUCUUUCCGAACUCGGCGGAGGGAGGGAGACGAUGUGUUUUUUUUUGGUUUUGUUUUUUAAUUCUGAUCGGUUUUGUAGUAAGCGUGUAUCAUGGUCACAGUGCCUACAGUGUUUUUGUAGCAGCUUUCCUGCUCCGGACAAAGAGGAAAGGGUUUUAUUUGAAUGGUGUUGUUGUUUUUUUAGCUUACGUAAAAAAAAAAAAAGACGCUUUUGUGCCAUUUACUUUUUAGACGAGGUCGAUUCACAAUCAACUGUACGGACCGCCAUUCUUAAUCCUGCUGUACAACUAUUACAGCUAUAGUCAUAUACUAUACUAUUACUGCUGCUGCUGAAAGUGCAGGUCUUACAAUAACAUCAUGUCGCCAAUUAUAACACUGAAUAUUUAAUGUGCCACUUCAUUAACAUUAAAGAUUGGGGACUGUGUGAAUAUUAUUAGGAGAGGGGAGGGUGGUGCUACAACACUUAGUUGGCCUAAUAAUAUUCUAAUUUCUCUAUGACACGUACACCUGCAGACUAUUGAGAAAGUUGCGUACAUUUUCUCUCCAUUAUCCACAUUUUAGAUUUCACUGUUCCCGCUGUGACGUAUCUGUGUAACUUAAGAGCGUUUGGAUUGGAAAGAAAGGGGAAAAUGUUUUACACGAUGUGUCCUUCAGGAUUUAAUGCGGCUCUGUGUUGCAAAUGAAUGUGUUAACGAUGACUAAAACACUUGAAGAAAACAAGAGAGGGCCGAGUGUGUCUGGAUUUCCACACGAGAGGUCUGAAGUGAAGAAAAACGACCCUGAAUCAAACGCCGUUCCCGGGAGGAAGCAAACAAACAAACGAUUUGUGGGUUUUAAAGGACCUGCUAUUCCUGCACAGACGUAACGUGACCCUCACAGGAUCCAACAACACAAGGAUGCAGUCAAAUAAAUGGUUUUAUUCACCUUCACAGAGACGGAAAGAGAGAGAGUCUGUGUGUAAUACGUAUGGUGAGCUCACCGCUCAAACAUGGGCAACAAAGGAAGACGUAGUUAUCGCUUUAAACUUAUUAAAGAAGUUAUUCUUUAA